CGUACCUUAGAAAGAGAUACGCCGAUUAUGGCGAGCGAGCGCGGCCAAGCUUUGCAGCAGCAUUGCUUCCUGCAAGGGAGGCGUAUGGCGACCCACAGCAAUCGCACCAAUCUAAGUGUGAGAGAUAACACACAGUGCCCCUCGAUUCUUUUACAGGGAUAUCAAAGGGCAGCAGGUCUCAAUGUGGUGCUGUCUGAGAUGUUUGCCCUAGGACUUUCCGCGCCGCUCAUCAGAUUCUAGUUGAAUUGUGGCGCCUCCUUAUACAAAUACCUCCUGAUGCACAUGCUAUUUUCAGUUGCUUGAAUAUUGAGAUCCGCUUACGCCAAAAUCUCAGCAAGAAGCUCAUUCUUCUCGUCAGACACUCUCUGUUGCUGGUCGAACUAUAAAGGUGCUUCUCAAGGCACGGGCGCCAUGCUGCAUCCAAUUCUUGACCUCAGCAACUUCAAUAUCGUCGUCUCUGUUAUAGCGUUUUAUAUUCUCAUUUUCGGAUAUUUUUCGCUCAGAAUCAAGCAGAGGUGGUACCUCGGGGAAGCCUUGCCAGCCUUUUUAAUUGGUGUCUCGCUAGGGCCGAUCGGCGCUAGGUUCCUGAACAUAUCUCAGUGGGGAGGAGGCGAUGACGAUUACCGCAGUGACAUCGCGUUUAACCUGACACGCCUAGUGAUUGGCAUACAGUUGGUAAAAGCUGGAUAUCAAUUGCCCAAGAGAUACAUAAGACAGCGUCUCUGCGAACUGGCUAUAUGUCUUCUUCCGCUCAUGACUAUAGCAUGGUUUGCAACAUCUGCAUGUAUCUUGCUUGCGAUUCCCAGUAUAUCCUUUCUUUCAGCGCUUAUUAUAAGCGCUUGCGUGACUUGCACGGAUCCUGUUCUAUCUCAAGCCAUUGCAAAAGGUCCCUUUGCAGACAACUAUGUUCGUCGACCACUUCGAGAGUUUAUUUCGGCCGAGGCAGGGGCAAAUGAUGGCUUCGGUUUUCCAUUUCUGCUGCUUGCGCUUUCCUUGUUGCGUUACGCAGAAGCGCCUGAAAACACCGCUAGCCUGGAGGACUUCGAUCUGGAGCGAGGCAUCCCCGAUUCACUUGGCGCAACGAGCGCAGGGCGUUUUGGUGGAGGAGUCGGCCCUGCGUUGAAACAUUGGGCCGUGGAGGGAGUCCUGUACAUGAUUUUCCUGGGUGCCUCCUACGGUGCCUUUGUCGGCUUCACUUGCAAGAAGCUAGUCAAAGGCGCAUCCAAGCGAAGAUGGAUCGAUAAUGAAAGCUUUACUCUGGUCCCUGUGGCAAUUGGCAUGCUGAUUGUUGGGACGUGCGGUUGUUUUGGAUCCGAUGAAACACUUGCCUGCUUCAUAGCUGGGAGUGUGCUCAACUGGGAUGGCCUUUACCAGGCUGAGAUGCAGGCCCGGCAUGAUUCUUUCAAUUCGACAAUCGAGACUUUGCUGAACACUGCAGCUUUCAUGUAUCUUGGUGCAGUCAUGCCAUGGGACCAGUUUCAUAGACCCCAUGACACUGGGAUCUCCAUCUGGCGCCUACUUGGACUAGGCUUUUUAAUCCUUAUCUUUCGUCGCAUUCCCGCCAUUAUCGCAGGAUACAAGUUCAUGCCCAGGGUUUGCAGUGAUUGGAAAGAAGCGUUGUUUUUGGGCUACUUCGGACCGAUCGGUAUCGGUGCUAUCGCAUAUGUGGAGUAUGCUCGCCGCCUCUUUCCCUCCCCAGGCGAAAGUGACACUGAGAUUAACAAUCUGACCGCCGCUAUGACACCAGUUGUCUACUGGUUAGUGCUAUUCUCCAUCGUUGUCCAUGGACUGUCGGUACCUGCGCUUGAUGCGCUCUACAAGUUUUUCGGCGUGUGCAAGAUCCGUGACCAUCCGGUGGCGAUUGCUCUGCUCUCAGAUAAUGAAGCCCUCCCCAAUAAUUGCUCAGUUGAUCCUCAGCGGCAUUCGAUGAUUGUCAACAACCGCUUCUCGCGGCCGUCUGACAGCGACACUGGCGGGCAAAAUGGCCAAGUACGGAAAGAAUCAGGAACGAUGACUCGACUAAGCGAGGAUAGUCCGCUCAAUGGGAGCAAUGAGCAUUUGGAUAUCCCCUUAUUUAGCCACCGAGCAGGAGGCUCAGCCACCGUUCGGGCUAUUGUCUGAAAGGAUGUUCUGUCCUACUCGAUAUGGACGAAGAAAGGAGAUGGAACGAGAGACGCGCAUUCGUUCAUUCAUUUCAUUCAUGCAUUCAUCGUGCCAUGCCAGCUCAAUACAUAUCAGUCCAUAUUAUGUCCAGACCAUCGACCAUUCGCCGCUGACUUGAU